AUGGUGAGCAAGAUGCUGCUGCGGCUACCACUUGAGGUGUGCAGCGGCAGCCUCCUCCCUCCACCUGGGGACCAACCCCGUUCUCUGCAGAGCUCCGGGGACAGCCCGGAAGAUGAGGAAAUGAGGGCGGGGGCGCGCUGCCCCGGCCUGGACAAGAGGACCAAGGCACCAGGGAGCGCGUUGGGCCCGCCCCACGUGAGCGCCCGGGCCGGGGCCAAGCCCGCCCCGGGGACUGCGGCCGGGGACAGCGGCGCCUGUGACCACCACGCCGGGAAGUGCCGGGCGCCUCGGCCCGCCCCCCGCCCGCCCCCGGCCCCCCGCCCCGCCGCUGCGCCCGCGCCCCCCACCCGCGCCCCUGCCCUGCAGCCCCGCCGGAGCCGGGGGGCGGCUGCGCCAACGGCGGGGCGCCCGCGAGGCGCCCUGCCGCCAACGGCGCAGGCGGCCUUGGCCAGGCGCGAACGGCGCGGGGACGCGGGAGGCCCGCAGGCCCGAGCCCGCGUCGCCCCGGCCUCCCCGCCCCCGCGCCGCGCCGAUGGCGUAGGUGCUGGCGCACCGGCCCCAUUACGCAAUGCAGGUUACGCGGGCCGCGCCGCGGAGCCCCGCCGGCUGCCCCGCGCCGUCCGCCGCCCCGAAGGGCACCGGUCCUCACCUGAGACGCUAGGCCGCACGCCGCCCCCGCCGGCCGCCGGCCGCCAGCCGCCGCCGCCCCCUCCUCUUCGGGGUGCCUGCGCGGCGCCGGGGCCCGCCCGCCGCUCCGCCGCGCUCACAGGCCCCGCUUGCCCGCGGGCACUGCCGGCAGCCGCCGCUGCCGCAGCCACCGCUUCGGCUCUUCGGUUGCGGGAGAGCAGAACAAACAGCCCUACCGCCGCCGCCGCCGCCGCCGCCGCCGCCAGCGCACUGACGUCACCGCGCACGCUGCGCGCGCGGUCACCCUCUGUCGCCGCCCGGCGUGCGCGCCCGAGACCGUUCCCGGCGAGAGCGAGCUCAAGAGAGCUGGCGGCCGGGAGGGAUAAAAAAGAAUGAAUCAUAUAAACAAGGAAAACUGUGCCUAAGUGAAGAGAACUGAACAGAAAAGGCUAAUGAUGAAGUUGACAUGGACAAACUUCUGACUGUAUGGCCAGGAAAUGAGCGGCAUUGCAAGAUACCUUCUACUUUAAGACUCACACAGAAGGCUGGCAAUUUGAAAGCUUAGAGGCUAAGCAUGGUGGAAAGUGUUCCUGAUAAAAUUUCGGUCAUGAGCCACUAAUGGUCCCAGGGAUUCAAGCCCUUAUGGAAUCAUCAUGGCAUCAAAAUGAAUGACAAUGGGUCAAGUGAGGUUGCUCCAGCUGCUAAAAAAUUCUCUUCAGCAUUUACUGAACAGAAAAGGUUUCUUGCCUUGACAGAUCUUCACUAUAGUUGAAACCAGCCUAUUUUGGUGAAGGAUGCCUGAUAGAAUUUAUUUCAGCAAAGACUUCAUGUGGGAAUAACCUGCUCUCAUUGGUGUAAGUACAAGUCAGGACUGAAAGCUUACAUCUCUUUUACUCCUUUCAUCUUCAAGACAAAUGGGCUGAAGAAGCAGGUUCUUGGAAUCUAAUACGUUUGUAAGAAGAGCAUCUGUAUCUAGAUUUAUACUAGUAUUGUCUGGUAGCCAGCUUUCAAAAAUGGCCCCCAUUGAUUACCCUUCUUUAAUCUCCUCCCUUUGAGUGUGGUCUGGACCUAGUCACUUGUUGAUAACAAAGAGAUUAUGGCAAAAAAAAAAAAAGAUUAUGGCAAAAGUGAUGGGAUGUCACUUUCAUGAUUAGGUUAUAAAAGACUGACUUUCAUCCAGCUGGACUCUCUUUUGCCUUCUCAGCUUGCACAUUUUGAUGAAGCAAGCUGCCAUGUAGGAGAGGCCCAAGGGACUGAACGUAGCUUCUGGUUAAUGCCAGCAAGGGACUAAAGCCCUCUAUCCAACAGCUGCAAGGAACUUAGUUCUGCCAGCAAACACAAUAACAUUGAAAGUAGAUCCUUUCAUAAUCAAGCCUUCAGAUGAGACCACAGCCUUGGCCAACACUUUGAUUGCAGCCUUGUUAAUUCCAGCUAAGCCACACCUGACUCCCAGAAAUUGUGAAAUAAUAAGUGUGCUUUAAUUUUAUGACACUAAAUUUUGGAGUACAUUGUUAUGUGGCAAUAGAUAACUAAGAACAUACAUCCUGGGACCAAAUAUCCCCUUUCCCUAGGGAAGACAUAUUUCAGCCUUAGUGGGGUUGAUGAAUAGUGUGGCAAGCAAAUUCUUCCUUCUCCCAAAAUAUCCCCUUUGUUCCUCUGGUUUUGCAUUGUUAAACUAGACAAAGUAUAUUUCAAAUACUGGGGAAUAUUGUGGUCUUAGUUCUUUUGAGACAAACAGUAUUGUCAUUUAAAUUCUCUUCCAAUCGGAAGGAAUUAGGAACUUAUGUCUCUCUAAGGAGGCUAUAGUUUUCCUUAUGGGGACUAUUGUAGUAAACAAUUCACACAUUCUGUUACCCUGAAGUUAGUCAUUGGCCCUUGGGGGUUACCUCUAGAGAGGAAUUGUUUCAAAAAUAAUUUCAUGGCAGCAAAUAAGGGAAAUUUAUGAUACACUUGUGAGCUCUCUAUCUUCCCUCCUAUUUAGAGAAAUGCUCCCAAAUCUUUGUAGGUAUCUAAGAAGCUAAAAUCCUCAGGCACUUCCCAUGGGACAAGUUGAAGAUCUGUCCUGAGUGGGUAUCUGUGGGCAGGUUACAGACCAAAGACUUGAUACAUGCGUCCACAAUGCCUAUGCCCUGCAGACACUCAAUACUCAAUAUGUUGACCUGUUACUCAUAAAGUUAGAUUCCCAAAAGAAGAUGUUAUGUACUUUAUGUUCUUUAUUUACAGAAUCCAGCUUAAAUGGAUUGGCUGGAAUUAGAGUAUCUACAGGAACAUAGACAAAUGGUCUUCCACGUAAACUUAAAGGAAUUCACAGUUAGGAGAAUGAUUACUAAGGAUAUAAGUAACUUUUUAAAAAAAUGUUGGGAAUUCCUGGCAGUCCAGUGGUUAGGAGUUGGCGCUUUCACUGCUGAGGGCCUGGGUUCGAUCCCCAGUUGGGGAACUAAGAUCCCACAAGCCAUGUGGCACAGCCAAAAAAAGUUACAAGGAUGCCAACACUGUAGUGGGAGUUCUAGCCAGAGCGAUCAGGCAAGGAAAAGAUAUAAAGGCAUCCAUAUAGGAAAGGAAGAAGUAAAACAAUCUCUAUUCACAGAUGACAUGAUCUUAUACAUGGGAACUACAAAAGAAUGGACCAAAAAAAACUUUCAGGGCUAUUAAGCAAAUUCAGCAAAGUUGCGGGAUACAAGAUCACACAAAAAUCAGUUGUAUUUCUAUACACUAGCAAUGAACAAUGAAAAAUUAAAUUAAGAAAACAAUUCCAGGGAGUUCCCUGGUGGUUCAGUGGUUAAGACUUGGUGCUUUCACUGCUGUGGCCCUGGGUAAAAUUUACAGAAAGAAAAUUCCAUUUACAAUUGCAUCAAAAGAAUACUUAGAAAUACAUUUGACAAAGUAAGUGCAGAAGUUAUACACUGAAAACUACAACACUGCUUAAAGAAGUUAAAGAAUAAUUAAAUAGUGGAGGGACUUCCCUGGUUGUGGUGCAGUGGCUAAGAUUCCACGCUCCCAAUGCAGGGGGCCCAGGUUCAAUCCCUGGUUGGGGAACUAGAUCCCACGUGCAUGCUGCAACUAAGAGUUUGCAUGCCACAACUAAGGAGCCCGCCUGCCGCAACUAAGACCUGGUGCAACCAAAUUAAUUAAUUAAAAAAAAAGAAAUAGUGGAAAGACAUCCAUGCUCAUGAAUUGGAAACCUUAAUAUUUUUAAAAU